GAAAGAUUAAAUGAGCUGUUUGUCUUUUUUUUUUAAAAAAAAAGUACGUGUAGAAAUAGUAUGUCAAAUCACUUGUCAGAUACGUAUCUGAAAGUAUCGGUAUCCGAUACCUGUCUGAUACGGAUUAUUUGCCUCACAUGAAGUAUCUUUGCUUCGUAGGAUUUCUCAAUGUACUCAACAAUUACAUAUCUUUCUCAAAUUAUUAAAAUAUAUAUAUAUAUAUAUACCGCAGUGCACUUAAUGUGCCACUUGGAUAUAACAAAGAUAUAAUAGGGAAAAAAUAACGACAAGUCAAAAUAGAAAAGUUCACCACUUGUUGGAGUUGGUCUUUUUUUUAUUAGAUAUUAUGCUUUAUUCCGCUUAAAAUAUAAACUAGGUCCACACUGGGUGCUUGGUCUUUCUGAAGAAAUGUAUUCAACUCCCAAUAUAAUAACAUUUAAGGAGGUAGGAUUUAGUGUAAGCGAAAAAAGGCAGAAUUUAGGAAAUAAGAAUUUUUGCUUCAAAUUAAUUAUCAUAAGUCCAAAAAAUAAAUGAAUUAGAGCACAGUGACAAAUAUUUUGAGAGGAGACGUCCAUGCUCUGUUGAGAGGACCUUCUUUUCUUUGAUUAUUAAGAUAUUUCCAUAAAGAAUAUAAUAAAAUGGUUUAUAUAUUACAACUACAUGGUUGUUAACUAGUCAAUGAACAAAAACGAAACGUGGAUGGCUGACACAAGUAGGACCAUGAAAAUAUUAUUAUUAUUUUCCUUUUUGUAUUUAGUAUGAAGAAAAAAAAUUGAUUGAAAUCUGAAGCAAAAAGAGAAGAUGGUAGUAAUUAGUUGAAUGGGAAAAAGGAAGAUGAAGCUUCAUCUCUUUGCCUCCAAUAUAUGUUUGUGUUUUCUGCUUUUAUUUUGGUUAGCCACAGGCAACUUCGUCAAUAUAUUGAGUGACAGUAAUGGAGAUUCUGUUGUUUCGGAUGGAGGAAGGUUCAAACUUGGUUUUUUCAGUCCUAAUGGAAGCUCCGACGCUAGAAGAUACGUCGGAAUAUGGUACCAUGGCACGAAACCUGAGGUGGUUGUAUGGGUUGCCAAUAGGAACCAGCCACUACACAAUAACAGUGGAGUUUUCGCUAUCAAAAAUGGCAACCUCAAGGUAUUGGCAUCAAACAACACUGAUUUAGAUUUAUGGUCAACUGAUCUCCAACUCCCUUCUGAUCACAACACAACAAUAGAGCUGAUGGCUUCUGGGAAUUUAGUUCUUAAGGAAUCAGGUGUCAAUGGUAGAAUUCUGUGGCAAAGCUUCCAAAAUCCAACCGAUACAUUUCUUCCGGGAAUGAACAUGGCUGAGGACUUGAAAUUGACUUCUUGGAAAGCUUUAGAUGACCCUUCAUCUGGGAAUUUCACGUUUCUCAUGGACACAAGAGGCCGCUACAUCAUCGAGAGACUAAGUGCACAAUAUUGGGUUAGUAAGGAAUUAUGGCAAAAUUACUCUACUGAAACUAAUGGAGAGAUUGAUGAAGUAGUAGACUUGUUAUCAAAAAUUAGUGUCAAUAGCUUGAAGAACAACAACUAUACCGUUAUUUUUCAAAAUGAAGAGCUGGAUUACAAUUAUACAAGAGCAGUUAUGGAUUUCAGGGGGAAGAUACAGUACCUUGCUAGAAACAGAGCGAGUGGAAAAUGGUAUGUCAUUUGGUCGGAACCAGAAAACAUAUGCAGUGUGGUAACAGCUUGUGGGACCUUCGCUAGUUGUCGGAGUGACACAAUACACACUUGUAGGUGCUUGCCUGGGUUUGAACCCAAGUCUAAGGAUGAAUGGGAUUCUGGUGAUUUCUCAAAUGGGUGCCAGAGAAAAUCAGAAAUUUGCAUCAAAGAAGAGGUUGAAGCUCGAGAUUUCUUGACAAUAAAUAUGAAGCUGAGAAAGACGUCUAAUAUUGUGAAAGUCAAUGGCGAUGAUGAAUGUAAAAUCAAGUGCCUUGAAUCUUGUACAUGUAAAGCCUUUGCAGAAAUAAGUACUAUUAGAACUGAUACUACCUGCGCCAUUUGGGAAGAUGACCUCCAAAGCAUUUGGGAAUAUGCAGAUGGUGGUGGUGAUGUUAACAUCCGUAUCAAAAAUUCUGACAUUGAAUUGACACGAUUCGAUUGUAGAACAUGCGGAACCAACGUCGUCCCUUAUCCUCUAAGUCUGAGCACAGAAUCCAAUUGUGGCGAUCGUCUAUAUCGUAACUUUAGUUGCAACUUGUCCACUGGUCAGGUUAUCUUUCAAACGGCAGAUGUUAACUACAAGGUCACCAACAUUGAUCCACAACUAAAAAUUUUUACCAUUGCAACAAACGGGUCUUUCUGCAAAGGUAAUGAUACAGCUGCAAUUCAGAAGCUUCUGAAAUUGGAGCACUCGCCUACAUUCAAAGUAAGUAGUGGUUGUAAUUCUAAAUUCAAUGAAAUUGAUAUUCAAUGGGAGAAACCAUUAGAGCCAAUCUGCAGUUCACCGAGAGAUUGCGCCGAUUGGCCGAAUUCAUUUUGCAACUCAUCAACAGAUGGAACAAAGAGGUGCUUGUGCAAUUCUUCUUUUAACUGGACUGGUACCAGCUGCCAAAUUCGUCCAGAGAAUGGUUUGAAUCAGCCACUUCCAAAGCAGAGAAAUACCAGAGUUGGUAUCAUUGUUGCAGUGACCAUUGCUGGGGUGAUUGUUAUAAUUUCCUGCUUGAUGUUGUAUAUUUACUACAAAAGAAGGAAGAUACAAAAUAAAAAAAAGCAGAGAACAAAUAAAGAAACUGCUCACUUGUACAAAAGUGAGGAACGUGUCCGAGACUUUAUAGGUUCUGGAUUGUUUGGAGAAGAUGAUAAAAAAAGCAUAGAUGUACCAGUUUUUGAUCUGGAAACCAUAUUUCUUGCUACAGAUAAUUUCUCAGAAGCAAACAAACUUGGACGAGGAGGAUUUGGGACAGUUUACAAGGGACUUUUCCCUGGUGGAUUAGAAGUUGCAAUAAAGAGGCUGUCGCAAGGUUCUUCCCAAGGUGUAGAUGAGUUUAAGAAUGAAGCAAUUCUGAUCGCCAAACUUCAACAUCGAAAUUUGGUCAGGCUUUUGGGCUAUUGUGUUGAAGGAGAAGAAAAAAUGCUGGUCUAUGAAUAUAUGCCCAAUAAAAGCUUGGACUUUUUUAUGUUUGAUCGAACGCAGAGUUUAUUAGUGAAUUGGGAGAUGCGGUUUAAUAUCAUUGUGGGCAUUGCUCGAGGGCUUGUUUAUCUUCAUGAAGAUUCAAGGUUGAGGAUUAUUCAUAGAGAUAUGAAAACAAGCAAUAUUUUGUUGGAUGCAGAAAUGAACCCUAAAAUCUCUGACUUUGGUUUAGCAAGAAUCUUUGAUGGCAAGCAAACAGAGGCAAUCACCAACAGAGUUAUUGGAACUUACGGAUACAUGUCACCUGAAUAUGCAUUGGAUGGAUCAUUCUCGAUGAAAUCUGACGUGUUCAGUUAUGGUAUAGUUGUGUUGGAGAUUGUUAGUGGAAGAAGGAACACUGGGUUCUACCAAUCUAAAGAAGCCAUGAACCUUCUUGGAUAUGUAUGGAAUUUGUGGAGAGAAAAAAAAGCAUUGGAAAUAGUAGAAGUGGGCAUACGAGAAAGGUGCAAUCCAAAUGAAGUUGUAAAAUGUGUGGCUGUGGGAUUGCUUUGUGUACAAGAAGACCCCAACGAUCGUCCCACAAUGUCAAACGUAGCUUUUAUGCUGAGCUCCGGCAGUAACCCUGCUUCACUUCCAGAUCCCAAACAGCCGGCUUUCAUUGCUUCUACCUCUUCUGCAACUUCUUCUUUGGGCUUUAAUCAAGAAAUCGUUGGCAAUGAUUAUAGCUUACUUGAGCCUCGUUAAUUCUAGAUUUCAUUCUUUUAUUUUAAUUUGUUCUCCCAAAAUCCUGUGCAACAACAUACCUUUCCUUUUUUUAAUUUGAUUGUCUUAUUUUUUUUUGACAAAAAAAUUGUAAUUAAAGUAUGAAGUGAGAAAAUCGAAUACAAGCACUAUAGUUAAGCUCA